GAAAGUAGUAUAAACUAGUCCUGCCCAUGUGAGCUGUAGUAGAGAUACUGGGAGCUUGUUUGAAUCGUCGCCGCAAGCAUGGCUGAGAAUGAUGUUGACAAUGAGCUGCUGGACUACGAGGAGGAUGAGGAGCCACAGGCAGCCCCAGAGAGUGCAGUCCCUGCGGGGAAGAAAGAGGUGAAGGGCUCCUACGUCUCCAUCCACAGCUCUGGCUUCAGAGAUUUCCUUCUCAAACCUGAGCUCCUCCGUGCCAUUGUGGACUGUGGUUUUGAGCAUCCAUCUGAAGUCCAACACGAGUGCAUUCCCCAGGCCAUCCUAGGAAUGGAUAUCCUGUGUCAGGCUAAGUCUGGCAUGGGUAAGACGGCUGUGUUUGUUUUGGCCACCCUGCAGCAGAUUGAGCCAGUGGAUGGCCAGGUUUCCGUGUUGGUGAUGUGCCACACACGUGAGCUGGCCUUCCAGAUCAGCAAGGAAUAUGAGCGCUUCUCAAAGUACAUGCCCACAGUCAAGGUGGCUGUGUUCUUCGGUGGGCUCUCCAUUAAGAAGGAUGAGGAGGUUCUGAAGAAAAACUGCCCCCACAUCGUGGUGGGAACGCCUGGGCGCAUCCUUGCACUCAUCCGCAACAAGACCCUUAACCUCAAGAAUGUCAAGCACUUUGUCCUGGAUGAGUGUGACAAGAUGCUUGAACAGCUGGACAUGAGGCGUGACGUACAGGACAUCUUUCGACUGACACCCCAUGAGAAGCAAUGCAUGAUGUUCAGUGCCACUCUCAGCAAGGAGAUCCGACCAGUGUGCCGCAAGUUCAUGCAGGAUCCCAUGGAGGUCUUUGUGGAUGAUGAGACUAAGCUGACCCUUCAUGGCCUGCAACAGUACUACUGCAAGCUCAAGGACAGUGAGAAGAAUCGCAAGCUCUUUGACCUGCUGGAUGUUCUGGAGUUCAAUCAGGUGGUCAUUUUUGUGAAGUCGGUUCAGAGGUGUGUGGCGCUGUCUCAGUUGCUGGUUGAGCAGAACUUCCCAGCUAUUGCCAUCCAUAGAGGCAUGGCUCAGGAGGAGAGGCUGUCCCGGUACCAACAGUUCAAGGAUUUCCAACGGCGGAUUCUGGUGGCUACCAACUUGUUUGGUCGUGGGAUGGAUAUUGAGAGAGUCAACAUAGUCUUCAAUUAUGACAUGCCUGAGGAUUCGGACACCUAUCUGCAUAGGGUCGCCCGUGCUGGCAGGUUUGGAACGAAGGGCCUGGCCAUAACCUUUGUAUCAGAUGAAACGGAUGCCAAGACCUUAAAUGACGUCCAAGAUCGGUUUGAAGUCAAUGUGGCUGAGCUUCCUGAGGAGAUUGACAUCUCAACCUACAUUGAACAGUCCAGAUAAAGCUCUCCAGACCAGCAGACUGCCCCAGUGACCCCUUCCUUUUUUUUUCUUUUUUUAAAGAUCAAGUGGUAAUGGUAAAGACCUUAAACUUUAUUUUUAAAUACCCCACACCUGACAUCCUGAUCUGUAAUUUGUUC